CUACUCAGGAGUAAACCCACCUGGGUUCGAAGGGACUUAUUCUCAGCUAAGUGUGUGUAGGAUUGUAGCCUUUAUGAUGCAUCAGACUUGGUCUACAUCUGCUUUUAAGGGGACUUAAAAAUACUUGAGUAAAAAUAUAGGAUGCAAAGAUUUUUAAUAAACUUGAGGCAUGAGCCGUCCAAAGGUAGCAAGAGGCAUUUGCCUAAAUCAGCCAUAAAACCUGGAUCUCCUAUCACUGUGAAGACCAACGAUCCAGGAGUUCAGAGAGCUGCUAGGCUUGGUGUUUACAGAUACAACAACAUUUCAAAUGACAUCUUUCUAUUUAAAGAAUUUCACAUAAACAAAGCCAUGCGGCAGGUUGUGAGAGGGGUGAAAUAAAUUGAUGUUGAUAUCUGCCGGACAGUAUGCAGCAAAAGGAUACAUCCAGAGCCCGACUUGGACAGAUGUAAUUUCCAGACGAAAAAGACACUGAGACAAACAUUCAGAUGCUAUUUUGAAGUUUGGAUCACCCCCUGGCUGCAUCAAGUUGAAGUCCCAGUCUCCCUCUGUCAAUAACUUCCCCCUAAUACAGGCAAUGGACUCUGUUUUUUGUAUAUGUUGUUCUGUGACAAAAUCGUCAGUAAAGAUG